AUGGGUGGUCUUGAAGCCAAAACACAUAUCAAAGUACUUUUUGAUCGUUGGUUUCAUAUUACACUAAUAUACUCGUCAGUAUUUAUAUUCUACAUCAAUGGAUAUGCUUAUCCAUUAAUUUGCAAUGCAGGACCGCUUUCUGAACAAGAGAUGAUUAAACGUUCAAUAGAUAUCAAUAAUAAUAAAUAUCUGUUUUUGUCUCACUCAGGUUAUCCCAAGUUUGGAACAAUAACUAAAUUUGCUGAUAUUCAAGUUUUACCAUGUGCUUUAACUCGAUGCGAAAUUAAAGCUAUCAUUGAACGAAAGACUUGUAUCGGGCAACUGGAUAUGACCCGGUAUUUACUCGAACAUUGGACUAGUAUGCAGUGGUAUUCAAAAUAUUUACCUCGCUGCAUUCUUUUGUAA